GCAGAAUUUUCAGGUGAUAAGUUCAGGGAAAAUUCGCCCAAAAGAAAUAAUCUCUCUCCGUCUCUCUCUCUGUCUUUUAACUUUCUAGAGAAAAAAUUGUUUCUUGAUUGAGAUUGAGAGAGAGAUUAGAAAUAAGUAGUCGUGAUGGAUCAGAUUAUGAACAAGGUGGGCUCGUAUUGGAUCGGCCAAAGAGCCAACAAGGAGCUCAAUUCAGUUGGUAGUGAUAUCAGCUCACUGGGAAGCAGCAUUGAAGGUGGAACGAAAUGGUUGGUUAAUAAAAUUAAAGGAAAAAUGCAAAAGCCGUUGCCUGACCUGCUAAAGGAGUAUGAUUUGCCAGUUGGAAUUUUCCCCAGAGAUGCCACCAAUUACGAGUUCAAUGAAGAGACACAAAAGCUUACUGUCUUUAUCCCAGCAAUUUGUGAAGUUGGUUACAAGGACUCGUCUAUCUUGCGUUUUAAUACCACUGUUACUGGAUAUCUGGAGAAAGGGAAGUUCGCAGAUAUAGAGGGGAUGAAGACAAAGUUUGUUCUUUGGAUGAAAGUGACCUCCAUCGCAUCUGAGGGAUCAAAGCUCCAUUUUAUGGUCGGGAUGAAGAAAAGCAGGAGUAGGGCAGCUUACGAGGUUCACAGAGAUGGAGUAAGCGUAGAUAAGUUCUGAUAUCGUUUUAAUGCUUUUGACGCAAGUAUUGUAAUUGUUAUGAGCUGUAACUCCUUUGUCAAUACCUUAUGGAACCAUACGUGCUAGCCUAUGUGAUUGGUUUCAGUAAGUACACAGACCGGUUUAUCAAAUCUUAACUGUUUCCUGUUGAUUUUUACUAUUA